GCUUUGUCAAUGGUAGCUUUAUAAACUGCUCUUACUCGUCAAUUUAUUUUUAUUUUAUUAUUUUUUAUUAUUUACAUGUAUUAUAUGUAUUGUGUAACAAUGCAAGAGCUGACAGGCAACAAGAAAGGAGAAGACAGAGCGAAAAAAGUGAGGAUUUGAUCCUUGACGGAAACUUAUGAAGCGCCUGAGGAGGGCAGCCUAACGGAAAUUCAGGAAAGAGAAGAAGAAGAGGCACUACCGCACACAAACAUGGUCUAAGCGUUAGUCUUUUUAAACAAGUUUAAAUCUACAAUGGACGACCGUCAGUUAGACCUGACAGAGGCACAGAAAGCUGUCAAAUCAAAGUACCCGCCGAUCAACAAGAAAUAUGAAUACCUGGAUCACACAGCAGAUGUACAAAUUCACUCCUGGGGAGAUUCUUUGGAGGAAGCCUUCGAGCAGUGCGCCAUGGGUAUGUUUGGCUACAUGACAGACACGGAGACGGUGGAACCGGUAGAUACAGUUGAAGUGGAAUCAGAGGGUGAAGAUAUGGAGUCUCUUCUCUUCCACUUUCUAGAUGACUGGUUAUACAAGUUUAGUGCAGAUCUUUUCUUUGUUCCCAGGGAAGUCAAAGUUUUGCAUAUUGACAGAAUGCGUUUUAGGAUUCGCUCCAUUGGGUGGGGUGAAGAAUUUUCUCUGGAAAAGCACCCACAGGGAACUGAGGUGAAAGCCAUCACAUACUCUGCGAUGCAGAUCCACGAUAAAGAAAAACCAGAAAUAUUUGCCAUCAUUGAUAUCUGACAUGACUUUAAGAAGAAGCUCACACUCCUGGUUCAGUGGAACUGGAAAGUCUGCAUGGCUGCUUUUAGUGGUCUUUUAAUUCAAGGCACUGAUGUUUUUGACUGGGACAGUCUUGUUUCCUGGAUGGUGGAGGAACUUACAUUUAAAUGAGGCUCGUGGGAAUAGCAGUGAUUUGGAGGGAACACACUGAAUGGAACUACAGGAACUGUUUACCUGAAGUCAUAAUUCAGAAAUAUAAACUCUAAUUUAGAAUGAUGUAUUGUUAUUCUUUUUUAAACAAAUUUAGCAUAAACUCAGUUUCACCAGCUUUUGCAGAUUAUUAUUUCUGACCAUUUUGAAGGUGUGUCGAUGCGUUACUGUAAAUCAAUCAGCAAAUGUUUACUUUUCAGAUGGGAUCGAUUCAAUGCUCACCUGUUUCUCAAUUUAAAAUCUCAGUUUUAAAUACUUUUUACAGUGCCGUGAUCACUCUGGAAUAAAGAGCUGCAAAAUGGAGAUAAUUUAUUACAAUAUUCGAGUAUAGAAUUGCAUAUCCAAAACAAUUAUGCACAACUUGGAGUUCAACACAGAAACAGAUCAGAAAUGGUCAUUCACUGACCCUUCUUUUUGAAUUGUUUAAACCUGCUCACACACAUGUGAAAGUUUUUCAUCAUACAACCCCCCCCCCCCCCACACACACACACACACACACACACUCACUUUUAUACACACAUUGUAGUUUUUAUCUGUGCCUUUUAAAAUCACUAGUAUUUGAAAAUGCAUGAGCUUCAAAGGAGAUUUGCAGAGCACAUUAAGCUUCCCAUUAAGCCGCAUCCACCCCCCCCACCCCCAGCUGGACUUUUCAGCUCAAAGGCAGUCAGAGGAAUAAAAUGGGACCUGACAGGCAUGAUCAAAGCAAAGCCUGUGCAGUGAAACAUCAAACGUAAGCUGAGUAGAUUCUAUAAAACACUUCUCUGCAUUAGGUAACAGGCUAUUCAUGUCUGGGUCGUGACUUCUAUUCAGAAAAUAACUCAACAAAGCUUUUCUGAGGAAUUUCAAAGUUUUUUUUUUUUUUUUUUUAAAUCUCUCAGACAAAAUGGUAUAAUACUGCGAAACUGAACAUAUAAAUAAAUUAUAAGCAGCAAUAUUAUAUUUUUAAUAGGGCCAAAAUUAGACAUAGCAUACAAACCAGUGAGUUUAAAGAAGGGAUGUUGUAUACAAUAGUGCCUCAUGUAACUGAAAAAAGAAUAUGAUCUGCUCUGAUAACUGAAUUGUAGCUUCUUCCAGGUGCAGUGCCCACUGUGCACCUCCGAGAAUUCGUGUGUGUGACCUCGUGGUUCAGGGAUAAUUCAUAGAAAACCAUUACAAAUUAUGUUGUGGAAAAAUAAGAAAGGACUACAUCUGGACUGAAUUAUCCAGUCACCAUUAUGGGUAACAACACUUGAGAGCUAUCUAUCCAAUAUCUGUGUGUUUCCAAAA